GUAAUUCGGCGUGUCUUCAGCUUCUCCUAGAUAAGGGGGAAAAGUUGGCGCAGCGAGGAGUAAAUGAGCGUGAGAGCCAUGUGAACCCACACCUCUUCCCCUUUUUUAUCUGAGUCAACCACAAGCUUCAACCUGUAAAACCCAGCAAAAUCCCCUUUUGGUUUUAUGUUUGUUUUCUCUGUAAAAUUAUUCUGAGAGCUUCUUCUCUUGUUGCUUUCAAUGGCUGCUACUAAUUCAAAGUUCAUCAAAUGCGUCACAGUUGGAGACGGAGCUGUAGGGAAGACCUGCAUGCUUAUUUGCUAUACCAGCAAUAAAUUCCCAACUGACUAUAUCCCUACGGUGUUCGAUAAUUUCAGUGCAAAUGUGGUCGUUGAGGGCACCACUGUCAAUUUAGGCCUCUGGGACACUGCUGGGCAAGAGGAUUACAACAGACUGAGGCCCUUGAGCUACAGAGGAGCAGAUGUUUUUGUCUUGGCUUUCUCUUUAGUUAGUCGUGCGAGCUACGAGAAUGUACUGAAGAAGUGGAUCCCUGAGCUCCAGCAUUUCGCCCCUGGCGUUCCAGUGGUAUUAGUAGGCACCAAAUUGGAUCUCCGAGAAGAUAAGUACUAUUUGGCUGACCAUCCUGGUCUGGUGCCUGUGACUACUGAGCAGGGUGAGGAACUCCGUAAACAAAUCGGAGCUACCUAUUACAUUGAGUGCAGUUCAAAAACUCAGCAGAAUGUGAAGGCGGUGUUUGAUGCCGCGAUCAAGAUGGUCAUCAAGCCUCCUCAGAAACAGAACGAGAAGAAGAAAAAACCACGUCGAGGAUGUUUGCUGAACAUUUGGUGUGGAACCAAUCAUGUUUCGUCAUAAAGGGAGCUUGUCGUAGGAUUUCAUGGAGAGGAAUUUUUGUUGCUGUAUAGUUUACCACGUUUGGCGUUGCUGAAAUUUCCAGAUAGGCUAAGAUUUCAAGAGGGAAAUAUCAAAAUACGACUUUUUUUUUUUUUUUUUGGGGAUGGGGUGUGGGGGUAGCAAGUCUUUCACUUCUGGUUGUAAAGCUUGACCAUGUUUUAUGAGUGACUGUGGCCAUAGUUUCCAGUGUGUAAAAUCCGCAGCUUCGGCUAAUUCUUGGUUUCCUUUUGGCAAGUGAUCAAUCAUGCCCUUGUACACGGCACAACCAACCUCCGGCCAUAACAACAAAGGAAAAUAGCAGCUUACUCUUUUAAAGGAGGAGUAGUCGGCAAGUAGAAAGUAAACAUAUUGGAGGCACUCUUAUUUGAGUACUGUUAAGCAUUAAAUAAGAGUAUCUUUUAGUAAUUGAAAUUCAAAUGUUGAUUCAUCAUAUUGGAAGAUUAA